AUGUCUUCGGAAAAGUUAUUCGUACGCAAGAUUGAGGAAAAGGCACGGCUCACACCCUCCAACAUCUUUGCGCGCGUGCCCCUCCCCAACUGGGAGACCAACGGCUACCGCUCCAUCACCUGGAAGCAGUACAACGAUGGCAUCAACAAGAUUGCCUGGUGGCUGGACGAGACGCUGGGAAAGUCGGUCAACAACGACACGGUUGCCUACUUUGGCGCCAACGACAUCCGAUAUGCCUACAUGUUUGCCGCCCUGAACAAGACGGGCCGCAAGCUCAUGACCCCCGACGGCCGUCUCUCCAAGGGCGCGCUGCACGGCCUCCUGGCCGAGACCGAGUGCAAAGCAUGGCUGUACACGGAAGACGAGGUGGCGGAGCAGACGCCCCUGGCACUCGAGGAGACGGGCGUCCGGCUGCAGCUCUUCCCGUCGAUGGAGUGGGUCCUCGAUGCGGACGAGGCUCCCGCCUACCCCUACACAAAGACGUACGAGGAGAGCAAGCAUGAAGAGGUGGUGGUGAUCCACACGUCGGGCACCACCGGCCCUCCGAAACCCAUCUACAUGAGCAACGGCUUCUGGGCCGCGGCCUGCGCCAGCCCUCGCCUGGCCAAGCGCCACUGGCCGCGGGGCAUGAGCAGCGACGAGCUGUACGGGCGGAGCCUGAUACUGGCGUGCCCCAUGCGGUGGAACUCGGGGCUCAUCCUGACCAACUCGUUUGGCGUGUUUGCCGACACGUGCUGCAUCAUCCCGCCGGCCGACACGGUGGGGCUGCCGCCGGCGACGUUUGCCAAGCUGGCCGAGAUGAACCUCGUCGAGGGGCUGGUGGCCACGCCCUUCACCGUGGUGGAGCUCUUCAACGACGCCGGCACCAAGGAUACGCUGCUCAACCUCGAGUUCAUCACCUACCUCGGCGCGCGCCUCGACAAGGCCGUGGGCGACGCCCUGGUGCAGCACACGCGCCUGAGCUCCGUCAUCGGCGCCACCGAGACGGGCGGCCGCUUCUCGUUCCACCCGCGCGACAAGCGCUUCUGGAACACGUUUGAGUUCAUCCCCGAGGCCCACGUGCGCCUGGUGCCCAUCGAGCAGUGCGAGCUGCCCACCACGGCCACGCAGGACGCCGCCGUCUGCCGCAUGUUCAUCGACCGGCCGGCCGGCGAGAUCCGCGACGACAUGUGCGCCUUUUGGAACACGCGCAUGUACGCGGGCGUCGACAGCAUCGACACCAAGGAGCUGUGGCGGCCCGUUGACUGCGACGGCGUCGUGCGCUGGGAGUUCUUUGCCCGCGCCGACGACUCGGUCAAGCUGUUUGGCGGCGUGUCCUUCUCGGCCGAGGAGUUUGAGAGCCCCAUCGGGCGCCACGCGGGCGUGCGGCACGUGUUUGUGGGCGGCGCGGGCAGGCCGGCGCCGUUUGUGCUGCUCGAGAUGAGCGCCGAUGCCGUCGCGGGCAGGGACCGCGGCGAGCUGGCCAGCGAGGUCUGGGAGACGGCCAUCCAGCCGCUCAACCGGCAGGUGGUCAAGGAGAUUCAGAUCCCCCGCGAGACGGUCAUGGUGCUGCCCGAGGGCCGCAGCUUUCCGCUCAACUGGAAGCACCUCGUCCUGAGGACCAAAGCGGAGGAGGAGAACGCGGUGGAGCUCGAGGGGCUGUACCAGAGGUUGGAGGCGGUGCAGGGGAGCAGGGAGAAGUUUGCCGAGUUUAUGAAGUAG